AUGGAUGGAGAACAGAAUGGGAAAUUCAAUCCUCCCAUGUCCAAUGCUGAAGAAGCGCAACCUAUUGACUUCCUACAACUAAAUAAGGACAAUUACGACAUGUUAAAACACACACAGUCUGAGUUUUACAAUGUAACACACGAAUGCUUGAUCCACCUGUUUAAGCUACUGUGUCGAGAUAAAAUUCUUGUGGUGCAGAAUAACACAAAUGCCAUAAAUAUAGGCAGCUUGAAAAAAGGGUCCCAAUUAAGUACAACGCUUGCCUUACAAAUUAAGGGAUGCCUUGAGAGGGAGCUCUCUAAGUCUAACUCACCAUCCGCUAUCUCUGUUGAGGAAUCACCCAACCAUGUUCUUCACAAAACGGGGGAAUCAAAGAGUCUGUCGGAGGGUAGGCACUCUUCCUACUGUGACUCCUUCAGGGAGCCUCUGUCGACCCCAGAUGCGAUUGCCACGCAGGAUCGACAUAGUAGUAGAUUUCCUGCUUUAGGCCCCGUGUCUGCGAACUGCAACAAAGAGGGAGCACCUAAUGGAGAGAAAAAAAGGAACAUUCAGGAUGCUUCUUCGGAGGAAGGGCAAGAGGAAGAAAAAGAAGGGGAUUUAUUACCUGAACGGGCAAGGGGAAAAAGGGAGGAAAGCUUUACGCAGGGAAUCCAGCAGGGUAUCGCGCAGGGCAUCGAGCAGGGCAUCGCUCAGCAUAUCACACAGGAUAUCGCGAAGAGUGUCAUACAAAGGGGCCCCCCCGGAAAAGGCAACACCCGCAGCUGCACCGGUGCAAAGACCACCAAGCGCGCGCCAAAACAGUCGGAUUUGAUCAUCGAGCGGAUGCAGGAGUGGACACGAGGAGGAAACCCCGAGAGGAGAAAAAACACCACCAGUGGUAGAACCAGGGAGAAGGCAGAAAAAAAAAGAAAAAGAAAGAAAAAAGCAACUGCCUCCCAGUGCCUUAACAGUCAGACCCUCUGCUCCAAACACAACCUUUAUGAGCUGUUUGAAAAAUACAAUGUAAGGGACGGAUUUAAGCACGAUGUCAUUCAGACUAAUAUUGAUCCCAAUUGCAGUUACGUUAAUGUAAAUUACCUGAACAGGGCAUUCUUUAGGGAAAGUAAAUAUGCCAUCUGCGCUUUUCAUUUUAAUAAAUUUUCUUAUGUGCAAACCAUGGCCGAUUUGAAGUUCACUCCGUAUGAACUGACCAAACAGAUGAGGAAUCAAUUUGUGCGGGACAGCUGUCCGUACGUGACGUACUCGCCGAAUUUGCAGCCCAGUCGGAUACUCAAGGGGGCGCCCUCCAGCGGGGGAGGCAUCGGGGGAGGCAGCGUAAAAGGCAGCGGAGAAGACAGCGCAAAAGGCAGAGGCCAAGACAGCGCCGGCGAUGUGCGCGAAUUCCCCAACCACAAUGAGAAACUCUUUUACGAACAGAGCGCCUUUAAUUUUCCGGCAUUGCUGCUAAACCUGCUGGACGAGAAAGAAAGCGCCGCGACGGCUGAAAGGGGAAGAAGCAUCACGCAGGGGCAUGGGGAGGUGAAGAAAAAAUGUCAAGGCAAUAAACGUAGUGACAGCGUAGAAGAACAGGAAGGACCCCCCAUCGAAGUGAACCCUAAUUACGACCAAUUCGGUCAGAUCACCAAUUUUCUGUCCCCAAAUGAGGGUUACACAUUUGACGCGCUGGGAGAAUUAAACAGACACGUAGAGGGAGAUAACGACUAUCAACAGAGCGAGCCGCAAAGCAGUGCAAGCAAUGUGGACCCCUUUGAGCAAAAUUGGGGAAAAAAAAAAAAAAACGAAAAGAGGUUAAAGAAACUCUGCGAGGAUGUCUCCAAAGAGUUGAACAAAUGCGUAUCUGUAAAAAAUUUCCUCUUUUACGACGCGCCCAUUUGUUUCUGCCUGUAUGGAAAUGACCUGAAUAAUAAAAGGCAAUACAACACCUACAUUAAUUCAUAUACGUUCCUUUUUGACGUGGUACGUUUUUUCGGCAACAAUACUGCAGUUGGGAAUGAAAUUGGGCGACUUUACCUGCAUGACCGUGUGUCAUUUGUGUGUGAAAAGGAAAAUGCUGAAAUGGCACCCCAUUGCUUAAGUGAAGAAGGCGAUCAGAAUGGGCAAAAUUUACGCAAAGAAGAAUCUUCCCCCCAAGUUGGUGGAACAACCGAUGGGGACCCCUUCUGGGAGGACGACCCCUUCGUGCGACUGAGACGUGCCAGUCGUAUCAACCGUUUGGGAAGCAGGGACGGACUCCCCAAUUACGAUCACCUGUUGCAUAAAUUCAAAAGGAGUGGACUAUUCUUCAUGAGCAAAGACAUCACGUACCAAACAUUUCAACACAUGCUGCAGAAUGAGUACUACAUUCCCGUGCCGAAAUAUUUGAAGAACGACAUAAAAAUGAAGGAACAAAAUUUCCAGUGCACACCUGCCAGCUGCUUCAAAAAUCAUGCCAUAGGGUUUUACAACAAAAAAUUAUCGGAUGUAUUCAAUUCCAUCGACUUUGGUGAUAUAAAAAAUUUCGACAUGCACCAGUAUAUCUACCACGAAUAUUUUAACCUUUCGGGCAUUCAGACAGGCACCACUGGAAGUGCUACUUUGGAUAAGUACAUAGACCAUGGAGAGGGGAAGUAUAGCAAUUCCCCUACCUUGGGUGGUUUUAAGGGAGGAUACAAAAUGGAUUGCACUCUGUUGAACAAGCUAUAUAAGUUGUGGCCUAGUGACUCCCACAGCUGCGAAUCCAAGGGGGAUUACUUGGAAAUGAUGAAGACGCUUGAAAACAGGAAAAAGGUUAUCUUUCACAAGUAG